CCUGUAGCACACGCAUCGCUGCCGCACCUCUUCUCCUCCAGAUCUCGCUUUGGCGAAGUACAGCAGGAGCUGACACUGCCAGCCGCCUCCCCUCCGCUUUACUAAAGCUUUCAGGUGGAAAGGCUGCCCGCCGGCAGCUGCGUGUGGUUGUUGUAGGGCAGCCGAGCCCCGUUUGCGGGGUUGGUGUCGCCCCGCUCGGGCUGAGCUCUGGUCGGUUUCCCGAUAAGCUGGGACACAGCGCCGGUGCCUCUGUUCACGAACAGCUGUUUGCGCAUGUGGAGGGAUGUUUCUAUGAAGUGUACAUAUGUUUAUAUAACAUGCAGUAAAAAAUGGCAUUUCAGAAGGCAGUGAAAGGAACCGCUCUCAUUGGAGGAGGUGCCAUAGCAACAGUUUUUGGCCUCUCUCAAUUUUCUCAGUAUAGAAACAAACACGGCGCCUUUGCGCACGUUCAAGCUGCAGAAGCCGUGAGCGUUCCAGUAAAGAGCCAUCUCCCCAGCAGAGAAGAGCAGAUCUUGGCGCUGCAGACCACGGAUGAGUUUGAUGUCCUGGUGAUAGGCGGGGGAGCCACGGGCUGCGGCUGCGCCUUGGAUGCCGUCACCAGAGGACUAAAAACAGCCCUUGUGGAAAGAGAUGAUUUCUCAUCGGGGACCAGCAGCAGGAGCACGAAGCUGAUCCACGGCGGGGUGAGGUAUCUUCAGAAGGCCAUCAUGAAGCUGGAUUUGGAGCAGUACAGGAUGGUGAAAGAAGCACUUGAGGAGCGUGCAAAUCUGCUUGAAAUUGCUCCCCACCUGUCAGCUCCUCUGCCGAUAAUGCUGCCCGUGUACAAAUGGUGGCAGCUGCCGUACUACUGGCUUGGAAUAAAACUGUACGACAUGGUGGCUGGAAGUCAGUGUCUGAAAAGCAGUUACGUCCUUAGCAAGUCGAGAGCCUUGGAGCUCUUCCCAAUGCUACGCAAAGACAAGCUUGUUGCAGCCAUUGUCUACUAUGACGGACAGCACAACGACGCACGGAUGAACCUCGCCAUCGCCCUCACUGCUGCCAGGUACGGGGCUGCCACCGCCAAUUACGCUGAAGUGCUGCGCCUGCUCAAGAGGACAGACCCGGCCGGCGGGAAGGAGCGCGUCUGCGGGGUGCGCUGCAGGGACGUCCUCACAGGGCAGGAAUUUGAUGUCAAAGCCAAAUGUGUUAUCAAUGCUACGGGACCUUUCACAGACUCGGUGCGCAAAAUGGAUGAUCAGGAGGUGCCCAACAUCUGUCAGCCCAGCGCGGGCGUGCACAUUGUCAUGCCUGGUUAUUACAGCCCUGACCACAUGGGCCUGCUGGACCCGGCCACCAGCGACGGGCGCGUCAUCUUCUUCCUGCCCUGGGAGAAGAUGACGAUCGCGGGGACCACGGACAGCCCGACCGACGUCACCUCCCACCCCAUCCCCACCGAGGAGGACAUCAACUUCAUUCUGAACGAAGUGCGCAACUACCUGAGCGUGGACGUGGAAGUGAGAAGAGGAGACGUGUUGGCAGCGUGGAGCGGCAUUCGUCCUCUGGUCACAGACCCCAACUCCAAAGACACGCAGUCGAUAUCCCGGAAUCACGUUGUCACCAUUAGCGACAGUGGCCUUGUCACCAUAGCAGGUGGGAAGUGGACGACGUACCGCGCCAUGGCGCAGGACGCGCUGGACGCGGCGGUGCAGGCGCACAGCCUGCGGGCCGGCUCCAGCAGGACCAUCAGCCUGCAGCUCGAGGGGGCCGAGGACUGGAGCCCCACGCUCUACAUCCGGCUGGUCCAGGACUACGGACUCGAAAGUGAGGUGGCUCAGCAUCUGGCUUCGACGUAUGGUGACAAGGCUUACGAGGUGGCCAAAAUAGCCCAAGUUACAGGGAAGAGAUGGCCUAUUGUCGGAAAACGGCUGGUAUCUGAAUUUCCUUAUAUUGAAGCUGAGGUGGUGUAUGGCGUCAGGGAGUACGCCCGCACGGCCGUGGACAUGAUUUCCCGGCGCACUCGCCUGGCCUUUCUGAACGUGCAGGCUGCGGAGGAGGCCCUGCCGAGGAUCGUGGAUAUCAUGGGCAAGGAACUUAACUGGAGCGAGCAGAAAAAAAAGGAAGAACUUGAAGCUGCUAAAAAAUUUCUCUAUUAUGAAAUGGGCUACAAAGUAAAAACGGAUCAAUUAACAGACAGCUCUGAAAUCAGCCUCCUGCCUUCGGAUAUUGAAAGGUACGAGAAGCGAUUCCACAUGUUUGACAAGGACAAGAAAGGCUUUAUUACUAUACUGGAUGUGCAGCGUGUCUUGGAGAGCAUCGGUGUGCAAAUUGCUGAGAAUACUCUUCAUGAGAUUCUAAAUGAAGUGGAUCUGAACAAAAACGGGCAGGUGGAGCUCAAUGAGUUUUUACAGCUGAUGAGCGCCAUCCAGAAGGGCCACGUGUCGGGCAGCCGGCUGGCGGUGCUGAUGAAGACGGCGGAGGAGAACCUGCGGCAGCGGGUGCUGAUCUCGGUGGACCGCAGCGGCGGGGGGCUCUGAGCCCGCCCGGCCGCCGCCGCGCAGGAACAUUCCAGUGCUGCUCGUCCUCCUGCUUGCGGCAGGCGGCCGGGGGCUGCCCGUCGGUGUAGCUCCACAAAAACACAGCUGUUUUCGUUAGUCAUGGUUUUCUGCGCAGCUCUUAAUACUCCAGUAUGUGGCCUUUGGGGUUGGGUAUUCUUUAGCUCUAGGAGUUGGUGAACAAGAGUUCGGGAGUACAGUCUGGGAAGAUGUGUGUGCACGCACAAGCACACGUAUUGCCUUGUUCAUUAACUUUUAUAUUGCCUUGACCUUCGGAAAAAACCACCUGUGCUCAGAAAGUGAAUCCUGUCUGUAAGUGCAUUGCAUUGGGUUUUGCAAAUAUGUGUUUAUUGUUUAAACGCUGUCAAUCCGUUCUCUUCAACACAGAGCGGGGAGGGGACGCUGAUGUCCUGGGCUGGGGAUGGUAUCGCAGGAAGAGCAGAAGCAGCACUUGCCGAGGUGGUGAUGAUGGGGCAGAGCCAUCAGAACCUUUGGUAGCUGUCUGGCUUUGCUCUUUCGUUGGCUGUUAUUUCAGUGGUACCUGUGCUUGGCCAGACAGAAAUACCAGCGGUAUGAAGCUGGAAGACUACAAGACAUUUUGAUUAAUCACCCAGGCUGAUGAUUUAGUUAAGAGCUAGGGGACAGCUUUCCGUUCUCCCAUAUUAAUAGAAAUAAGCUUCCCUCAAUAAACAGCAUUGUCCAGUAGGUGCUGGUUUAUGCCGUAAGCACUUCAUAGUGUUUCCAGUUUCGGACAAACACUGUUGUGCAGAACACAGCAGUUUUUGUUGGCGUAAGUCUUAAUUAUGUAUUUUAAAAAUUCUCAGACACAAAGUGAAACAGUGAAAUUUGGUUUGCGUUCCGCUAAGUUUUAUAGAAAAGAGAAAGGGCUAUUUUUCAGCAGAUUAAUAGAAAAGCCAACCAAACUAGGACCACUUACUGGAGCUGCUUUCACCAACGCGGCUCUUGGCCUUUCUGCGGUGAGACCGGCCGGGCCGGCAUCGGCUGGGAGAUCCCGGCUCUGUAGAGCGAGGAAGGGAGAACAUCGGAAUUGGUUUAUUGAUGAAUUUGUCAUUCUGUUCUAUCCUUUGGGCAUAAAAUACCAAUUUACAAAUCAAAACCAAGCUUCAGUUCCAGGGUGUCACAAUUUCUACUUGUGUAAAAUGCAUUUUAACUGAUGUCACCACUUUCACUAAUGGAAAAUAACAGCACAGUGAUGAAGAGCAGAGAUUACUUUAGUAUUUUAAAGGGGAAAAUGAUUACAUACACAAGAUGGGGAUGGUGAGGAGCGUUAGUGUGGACCGUUGCAAGUACAGGUGAGGUGUCCUUUAAACAAAAUAAAUCAGGUGUUCAAAACCAGUAGACUAUAAAAUCCUGGCAGGCCUUGCUUGAAAUUCAGUAAAUGGUUGUAUUUCUGUCAGUCCAAACAACCGGUAAAAUCUGGAAGGAAGGGGACGGUCUUGGGUAAAACGCUUUCCAGCUGGUUUUUGCAUGUUAAUGUUUGUUGUGGGCGGCUUUGUACCCAAGCGCAGGUGUUGGUGAGGGGCCCUGUGUUAACGAGGCGCAGGCUGUGAGCCGGGCUUACCCGUGUUAACGAGGCGCAGGCUGUGAGCCGGGCUUACCCGUGUUAAUGAGGCGCAGGCUGUGAGCCCGGCUUACCUGUGUUAACGAGGCUCAGAGGGUUCCUGGACCAAGGGCUCUGGUCCUGUGCUCCUGGAAACUUUGCUGUUUGGAAUACGUUCCAGCAAUUCAGGUAAAGUGUAAAUGUUUGACCCAGCCCCUUGCUUGCAAACCCUUUCCAAAUGGGAGCACAGAAGCAGGUUUCACAUGUGCGGCAGGGCUGGGGAAAUGGACGCACAGUGCACAGGUUGCUCCGGUUCAGUGAGCAAGGGAAGAGGGAAGGGCUUAAGUUUCUAUUAUUAACAAUAAUUUAAGAAAAAGAAAGUAACGAGACCUUUUCCAGGCCACGGAAAGACAAACGCUUACUAUAUUUAACAUCUGUUGUGUGGUUUAAAGAAACAUUCUGCGGUCCCGUAUAAGCGGCACUGUUAAGGAUGAACAGCACAGGUCUACCUGUAGCGCCAGCGUGUGCUUCCUCCCGCGCGGUGCUCCCGGUGCCGUGUCGCAGGCGGGCGGGGACCUGGGGGCUUCCCGGUCUGAGUUUGCUGUGUCCCAGGCUCUUUGCUGCCGCGCUCCCCUGCGCUGUGUGCGGCGCAGCGAGGUCUUGUCCUUGUGCCGUGGGAGAACUGCAUGUGUUGCUGAAACAGCGACGUGUGUACGUGAAGAUCUACAAGUAUUUAUUUAUCCCCUCACGUUUGUGUUCGGGAAUGCUGGCUUUGUGUUGGCUUGUGAUUUUUUUUCCCUUUAAAUGUUCUGUAGAAAGAGUUGCAAACGUCCCUGUCUGGCAUCGUUCUGAUCCCGGGUGGAAAAUAAACAGUGAUUUGUCUUUUUAUUUCUCUUUUCUUUCUUUUUGAGGUGGGAGCUGGAUUUCUGGUGGGGUUGGUUACUUGGUGUUUUCAGUGGGCUGCCCGGGGCGGUGUGCGCGUACGUGCAGCGUGUCCAUCCCUAGGCGUGGGUCAAUACGCGUGUGUCUGUGCACACAGCCGCUCGCUCUGCAUGUCUUACAUGUGCCACCUGGGUAUUUCGUUAGGUUGCUGUUCUGGGCUGAACUCUUACAUACUGUGUUUGAGGCUGGGUUGUCAUUUUUAUAACUGUCUUGGUGUUUUACUGCCGUUAUUUAUUACUUUUGAUAUACAGAAUGAGCCGCAUGCAUUUAUAGAGCAAUAAGAGGAUGUAUUUAAUGUGCCUUGUUUUUAACUGAGUAAGAACUGAAAGCAUGAAUCAAUAAAAGUGAUUACAAACGGU